UUCAACACUCCUAGGAUUCUGAAGUCUGGUGCCUUUCAAUACACAGUGCCAACCAAGAGAAAGAAUCAUCGCUUCCUGUUGGCAUCUCCUAGGGCAUUGGAAGACUUGAACCUCAAGCUCGAUGAGUUUGGCGAAGAGCUGUUAUCUGGUGAGUCGUUCUAUUAUGACGAUAGGAUAUUCCCCUAUGCACAGGCGUAUGCUGGGUUCCAAUUCGGUCAGUUCGCAGGCCAGCUAGGUGAUGGUCGUGUUGUCAACCUGUUUGAUCUUGAAACUGAAAGUGGUGAGCGGUUCGAGCUGCAGUUGAAAGGUGCCGGUAAGACUGCAUUCUCAAGAUUUGCCGAUGGUAAAGCUGUUGUUAGAUCAAGCAUCAGGGAAUUCAUUAUGUCAGAGGCAUUGAAUGGUAUUGGAGUUCCAACCACAAGAGCGUUAUCCUUAUCUCUAUUACCAGGGACAUUAGCACAGAGGAAUUAUGCGGAACAAUGUGCAGUGGUUUCAAGAUUUGCAGAGUCCUGGCUACGAUUAGGUACCUUCGACCUUUACAGGUAUCGUAAAGAUAGAAAUGGACUGAGGGAGCUAUGCGACUAUACCAUCACCAAGGUAUUGAAGGAACUGCCAGAGUUCAGUGCCAAUAGGUACAAAGAGGAUAAGUACAGCGAUGUGACAGAAGGUGGAGGACCGGAUGAAAAUGUCAUUGAUAUACUGGAUUCAUCGAGAUAUGAUCAGAUGUAUAGACAAAUUGUUCGUCUCAAUGCCAAAGUAGUGGCUUAUUGGCAAGUUUAUGGGUUCCUUAAUGGGGUUCUAAACACAGACAACACUUCAGCAAUUGGAUUAUCCAUGGACUUUGGUCCAUUUAGCUUCUUGGAUAAGUUUAACCCAAAGUACACUCCAAACCAUGAUGAUGUACAACUACGUUACUCAUAUGAAAACCAACCGAGCAUAGUUUGGUGGAACUUGACGAGGUUGGCGGAAAGUUUAGUUGAGUUAAUAGGUGCUGGACCAGAUUUGGUUGACGAUGAGUUCUUCGUGGAGCAUGGUGUCAGAGAGGAUCAAGGUCCGGAUGUGCUGAAAAGGGCAGAGAGUAUUAUAUAUCUUGCCAGUAAUGAGUACAAGGAAACCUUCAUGGACAACUACAACAGACUCAUGUCCUUAAGACUUGGAUUGAAGUCUGUUAUGGAUGGAGAUAACGAAUUAUUUGCCCAACUGUUGGAUGUUUUGUACAAGACUCAAGUUGAUUAUAACCAAUUCUUUAUCAAACUACAGCUGUCCAAUCUCGAUGAUCAUUUGAUAUUCCUUUCAAAGGAUGUUCAUGAGAGGUAUGCACAUCCACAGGAUAAGGUUGACGUUGAAAGAAACAAAGAGGCCGAGGAUUUAAUCACUAAAUGGUUGGAGAGCUACAAAGAAAGAUUGUCUAGAGAAGGUAUAACGCAGGAACAACGUAGAAAUAUUGCUCAGGCUCAUAAUCCUUUAUUUAUACCAAGAAAUUGGAUGCUGGAGGAAGUCAUCAGUGAGGUUGAAGACAGCCGUGGUGAAGAAUAUGGCCGGUUGGAAAAAUUGCUGUUGAUGAGCAGUUAUCCAUAUAAUCCAGAGAAAUGGGGCAACAAGCUCAAAGAUUUGGAAACCAAAUGGUUGCAAAAUGAAGUGGAUGCAGUCAACUUUAUGAAGCAAUGCAGUUGCUCGAGC